AGUCGGUGUUACUGUCCAGUCCAUCGUCUCACUUUUUUUAUCUCUCGCCUGUCUCACUCGCUCGGCGCUUGCUCUCCAGUUCCGCCACUCUCAAGAGUCAGAUCUCUCUCCCUAUCGAUCCGAUCCGAUCCCCGGACGAGUCCCAAGAGCUUCAGGAAAGUAGGCAAAAUGGGCCGUGGAGUUAGCAGUGGUGGAGGACAGAGCUCCUUGGGCUACCUUUUUGGUAGUAGUGGAGAGGCUCCAAAAGCAGCAGCAAGCAGUCUCCCGACUGCUCCGACUGAGGUGGACAAUCCACCUCCUUCAAAACCAGCGGCUGUUUCUCCUCCAGUAGAUGUUACCAAGCAGAUUCCUGCUGGAAUCCAUAGUACUUCCUCAAACAACUACAUGAGAGCUGAUGGUCAGAACACGGGCAACUUUCUCACGGAUCGGCCCUCAACCAAGGUCCACUCUGCACCUGGGGGCGGAUCAUCUCUGGAUUACCUUUUCGGUGGCGGAGGCAAGUGAGUACUGCACAGGCCUUUGCACAUGUCUCCUGAACCGAAGGUUACCGCUGAAUAGAUCCAAGUGGAGCCUGUGAAGUCGGACAACCGAGUGCUUUUAUUGUUCUGUAAAACCGAUACUGAAACUUGGCUGCAUCAUGUUGUGUAAUAUGUUUGAUGUGGUGGCUGCUUAUUGUUGGACUCCAAUUUGAAGCACAAUAUCAGCUUCCGCAGCAGAUGCAUAAACGUCUGCUGCGAAUCUUGAUAUCAGCAGAACUUGUUUUCUCGAAUCUAUUUAUUCUUGCAGACUUUGCCCCGUU